AUGUAAAAAAGCAAUUCUUAUCAUAUAAAGACCCCAAGAAAAUUUCGAUAGGCAAAUAUCUUAUCAUAAGAAUUAUUGUAAAAAUUAACUCAAUCGAAGCUAGAAAAUAAAUAAUAAAAUGGAUAUUACGAAAAAAAUGAAAAUAUUAAUGGAGCCAAAAAAGUAAAAUAAAUUUCCAGAUCUAUUGGGGGAGGCUCUUAAAGUUAUAGAGAAAUAGUUUAAUAAAGUUUAAAUCUUUUUAAUUUGAAUAAAGAAGUUUAACCAAAGGAUUUAAGUUUAAGAAAGUCACAUGAAGAAAUUAAUAGGACUAGUAAAAAAUCUAAUCAUGUCAGUCAUAUAAGUUAAAUUUGGACAAAAAGAAAUAGAACAGAUAGCAAUUCCUUAACCCCUAGAAAAGUAGUUGUAAAUGACUUUAUUUUGAAUGCAAAUGCAUUUUUAAAGGAAAAGCAAUUAGAAAAUUAAUUAGAUAAGCUCUCUUAUCAAAUAGUAUAACUUUAAAAUAAAUCUGAUUAAUUGGAAAUAUAAAAUAGAAUGUUGUUUGCAAAUUUGUAAUAAUUUUAAUAAGAUUCUAAUAAAAUGAAAGUAAUAUGAAUUUUAUAAUUAGGAUAGACAUUCCCUAAUUUAAAAAUUAGAUUCAAUGAUAGUUAUGUAAUAAAGAUAGGAAGAAAAUCUUAAUUAUUUUAAAUAAUUGUUUAAAGAUAAUAGCGAUUAGAAUAUGAAAAAAUAAAAUUAAAAUUCCCUCCCAAAACUUCAACCAACAAAUCUUGGUUUAAAAAUUUGA